CUAUGCUCUCAGAGUCAAAAUUCGACAUAGGAGCUGACGCUCAACUUGCUGAGUAUACAUUAGCCGAUGUUGCAAAGCAUAACCGCAAAGGCGAUCUUUGGGUUGCCAUCCACGGGCAAGUUUUUGAUAUCACGGAUUAUCUGCAAGACCACCCAGGAGGUGCAGAUGUUCUUAUUGAGACCGCAGGCUCGGAUGCCACUGCAGACUUUGAGGAUGUUGGGCAUUCCGAGGACUCCCGCGAGAUUUUGCAGGAGUACUUGAUCGGGACCCUGAAGGAUGCAAAAGAAUACGUUGCUCCAAAAGCAGUCCGUGUGAUUGCCCAGAAGUCUGAGAAGACUGAACAGCCGACAGCCAAUCGUUCAAUCCCAGCGAUCACCGGGGCCCUGGGAGCGGUGGCAACGCUGCUCUACGUUCUGAACCGGGGAAUUCCCGGCGUGUUGGACAUUAGAAGGAUUCUCAAGGGAGUUACGCCACGAGAGUUCGGUGAAUUCAGACUGGCGGGUGGGGGUUUCGCCAAUGGAUUCCUUGCAGCUACUCUCAUCUCUUGCGCUAUCGGUAGUGUCGUAGCGCGUCAAGCCUCCAAGUUGAUGAAUAUCGAAUCUGGGUUCAUGCGCUACCCUCCGCACGUCAAGGCGCGAAAAGUGACCCGGGCAGACCCUCACAUGGCCAAAGGGUUCCUUGACUCCAAAGAAUACCAGCAUCUACCUCUGGUUCAGAAGGUUAUGUUGUCGCCAAGUGUGUACCGAUUUGUGUUCGCUUUGCCUGAUAUGAAGGGGGUGAUCGGUCUUCCUAUCGGACAGCAUGUUGCCAUUCGCGCCAACAUCAAUGGCAACAGCGUGAGCCGAUCCUAUACCCCAGUGUCGAACAACCUGGACUUGGGUCGACUCGAAUUGGUCAUCAAGUGUUACCCGGACGGUUUAUUGAGCGGCCAGUACCUUGCCAACCUGACUGUGGGUGACGAGGUGGAGUUUCGGGGACCCAAGGGGGCCAUGCGCUACAGCCGAGGGCUCUGUGCCAAGAUAGGGAUGGUGGCUGGGGGAACAGGCAUCACACCCAUGUACCAACUCAUUCGCGCCAUUUGCGAGGACGAGCGGGAUACAACCGAGAUUAGCCUGAUUUACGCUAGCCGGGCGGAGGGAGACAUCCUGUUGCGCGAAGAGCUGGAGGCCUUUGCACGCAAAUAUCCCAAGAACUUCAAGCUCUGGUAUAUGCUCGACACGGCUCCCGAAGGGUGGAUGUACGGGACAGGCCACGUGAACCCAACUGUGCUCGGCGAGCGGUUGCCUGCCCCAUCGGCGGACACGAAGGUCCUGCUUUGUGGGCCCCCGGGCAUGGUGAACGCGUGCAAAAAGGCCUUGGCUGGAAUGGGAUUCCAGGCGCCAGGGUCGAUCUCCAAGAUGAGCGACCAGAUCUUUUGUUUCUAGGCAGUAG